AUGGCAGCGACCUUUCGCAGCGUCGUCCUUGACCAACCCGAGCUUGCGGCCAUUGUCUUUGCGUUUCAGUUUGGCCUAUACGACGACGUCCGCCCCGCCUUUGCCGCGUGCAAGGAGCUCGUCGAUGGCUCCGAGGGUUCGAGCAAUCGACUGGACCAAGACCAUGGCAGCACCUUUCCCAGCGUCGUGCUCGGCCAGCCCGAGAUCGCAUCGAUUGUGUUUGAGUUUCAGUUUGGCGUGUAUGAAGACAUGCGUCCAGCCUUCCGCGCCUGCAACGAGCUUCUCGAGUUUGACACCACCAAGUGCAUCUACAACCGACGCAUCGUUUUUCAACUCGUUUGCGCCAAAUGCCGUGUCGCCUCGAGGGAUGCACGGCUGCCACUGCAUCUGGCCAUUGGCCAAGGUUUCGUGCACCUGACCAAGCGCAUGCUACGCUGCCGACCGGACCUCGCUUCGGAAGACGCCAUUCUCUUGGCCUUUUGGAAAGACCGCCUCAAGAUUGCCGAUCUCCUCUUGCGUGAGCGUGAGGACGUACCCGAGCUCUAUCGAUAUUCGAACUGCAAUGAUCGGCGCCGCUUAUACAGCCGCUGCUUGCCGGCCAUCUUGUCUCGGCCCGACUCGAAGGCGCUUGCCUUGUUCCAUCGCUUUGAUCCGAGCCCAGAAGAGAUUACCCGCUACGUUCGCCUCAAUGCAGUCCAGCAUGCGACGCUAGACAACGUGACGCUCGCUCUAGACCUCUUACCAUGGCUGCAUGAUGAAGCAACACUGGAUAUCGUCGCGGGCCAAGGCCUGUUGCCUGUAGUGCGAACGCUCUACAUGAACGUGGCCUCGCGUGCUCGGUGGGGAUGUACCUUGGAAGCGAUGGACCAAGCCGCUGCGAACGGGCAUUUGGAGGUCGUCCGCUUUCUUCAUUACAACCGAACCGAAGGCUGCACGGUCGACGCGCUUGAUGGCGCGAUUUUGAAUGGUCAUCUGGACAUUGUCCACUUUCUCAUUGAACAACGGACCGAGGGUGCAUCGCCCAACAUUCUCGACCGCGCUGCUGCGAACGGUCACCUUGGGGUCGUAAAGUACCUCCAUUUUCUCGGCUCGCUUGGCUGCACUGUCGCCGCUGUCAACAAGGCGGCUGCCGGCGGUCCCUUGGAGGUCGUUCAAUGUCUUUUCACCCAUCGAACGGAAGGCUGCAGUCGUGACGACGUCGUUAAAAAAGCCCUCAGGGGCGGUCAUCUGCGCACGGCCGAGUACCUCCUCUCGCUCGGGUAUCCACUCCCGGCCACCGAGAUUUACUGGUCGCUAGAUGGCUUCGAGUUGAUCACACCCGAGCUGGCAAACCAAGCAAAACUCGCCGGGGAUUCGAUCCAGUUGGCACCCAGCGUCGUGGGCCGAGCUGCGACGGUCCUCGCGGAUGGCGAUGUGCUCGAGUGGGCGCUGGCCGUCGUCAUUGGUCAUUGCUGGGCGACCGACGCAACGGCCGCGACGGUGGUCCUCCAGAGCAAGAUCACGUUGGUGCACGAUCAGGAGCUCCGGGCGCAGCUCAACCACCUUCUCUCGGGCUCCCGUCCGUUUACGACCGAUGUGCUCCAGAAGGAGACGACGGCGAUGGCCCAAAACGCCGAGCCCAACGUGCAGCUCACGCGCCUCGUUGUUAGCAAGCGCUAA